GGGAACAUCCGUAUAUAACCAGCAGUGUUAGGUGUGGGGGGCCCGGUAUAAAGAGUGAGGCCAGUCUACCACCACUGUCACACAACACACCAGCCCUGCCACGCUGCUGUCCACUCAACUCACACAAUGUCAAGCAGCAAGAAGAAGGGUGAGGGAGCCUGGUUGUCGUUUGAAGACGGCCUUGAAGAGUACAAGCAGAGCCAACUCAAAGGAGAGUGGUGGCACAAUGUCACGCCAGACAACCCACCAAUGAGCCGGAAGCAAAAACGUCGUCAUAAACAUGAACUUCACGACACCAGUGAAAGUCAGGUCUUGGAGGACAGCAAAGACAUCGAGAGUAAGGACAUGGACAGCAAAGAUAAAGACAGUAAAGGCAAGGGCAAGAAGCCCCCUAAGUGGGUAGAACCAGGUCAAGAGAAGCCUGAGCUGCUCGAGAAAGGCAAAAAGUCCAGAGAACAACCAGCCUCACAGCCUCCACCCACAUCCGAGGCUUCAAAGCCUCUGGAAGCUCCUGCGGAACCUGCACCGGCUUCAAAGCCCGUGGAGGCUCCUGCUUCAGAAGCCUCUCCAAAGGCAGAAAAGGCAGACAAGGCGAAACAAAAGAAGGAGAAACCUGCAAGAGAUAAGAAGAAACAGUCCGAGUCUGAGAAGGAAGGAGUAGAGAGAGUCGAAGUAGCCCAAGAACCACCCAUCGCCUCAGAGCUAUCACCGAAGACAACGCCAGAGACGAGGAAGAGAAAACAAAAGGGAGGAGUAGUGCCACCGAAGCCAUCACCAGUGCCACAGUCUCCUCCAGAACCAGCUGUAGCACCAGAGGCCGGUGCCACACUCGCCAAACAAGAAGCAAAGGAAGCCGAGAUGAAGGAAGAAGCCGCCAAACCAGAGGCAAAAACUGCCAAGCAAAAAGGAAAGGAUGCCAAGCAAGAAGCAAGGGAUGCCAAAUUAAAAGUUAAGGAAGCUAAACCAGACACAAAGGUCAAACCAGAAAUAAAGGAUGCCAAGCCAGAGGUUAAGGAUGCCAAGCCAGAAGUAAAGGAUGUCAAACCAGAAGCUAAGGAUGCCAAACCAGAGGUUAAAGAUGCCAAGCCAGAGGUUAAGGAUGUCAAGCCAGAGGUUAAGGAUGCCAAGCCAGAGGUUAAGGAUGUCAAGCCAGAGGUUAAGGAUGUCAAGCCAGAAGUUAAGGAUGCCAAGCCAGAAGUUAAGGAUGCCAAGCCAGAGGUUAAAGAUGCCAAGCCAGAGGUUAAGGAUGCCAAGCCAGAGGUUAAGGAUGCCAAGCCAGAGGUUAAGGAUGCCAAGCCAGAAGUAAAGGAUGUCAAACCAGAGGUUAAAGAUGCCAAGCCAGAAGUAAAGGAUGUCAAACCAGAGGUUAAAGAUGCCAAACCAGAGGUUAAAGAUGCCAAGCCAGAGGUUAAGGACGAAGCAAAACUAGAGGCCAAAGGUAAACGAGAACAGAAGCAAAACGUAAAAAAGGGAGGAAAACAAAAACAGGAAGGAAAGAGGGAAAACAAAAUCAGAUUUCAAGGAAGUGCAUCCUCAAGCAAAACAAGAAAAGCAAGCAAGCAAAAUAGAGGAAAAGAAAGAAGCCAAGCCAGAGGAUAAGAAAGAAGCCAAGCCAGAGGAUAAGAAAGAAGCCAAGCCAGAGGAUAAGAAAGAAGCCAAGCCAGGGAUAAGAAAGAAGCCAAGCCAGAGGAUAAGAAAGAAGCCAAGCCAGAGGAUAAGAAAGAAGCCAAGCCAGAGGAUAAGAAAGAAGCCAAGCCAGCGGAUAAGAAAGAAGCCAAGCCAGAGGAUAAGAAAGAAGCCAAGCCAGAGGAUAAGAAAGAAGCCAAGC